AUGGCUUCUCUCUCUUCUUGCUCCACUCUCUACCCUCUCUCUUCUCUCUCUCCUUCUUCUUCCUCUUCAAACACUCAUUACUUUCUUCCACAAUUAUCCCCAUCAAAACCUGAAAUCCCCUCUCUCUCCCGCUUCUCUUCUAUCAACCUUCAUAGCAACAAUAAACUCUAUCACCGCCAAGCCACAACAAGUCUUCUUUUUCAGCCAAUAUUUUUGCUCAGUGGCGUCGAUACUCCUUUGGAUACCCAAGCUGCCAUCUCUAUUUUCAGUGUCUUUGCAGCAAUUGCUCUUUCUCUCUUCUUAGGCCUCAAGGGAGAUCCUGUGCCAUGUGAAAGUGAAUUGUUAACAGUGGUGAGAUUCCACCAUGCAUCAGAAGUUGUUAUUAUUCUAAGUGCUAACCUUUUCAUCCUGGAUGCUCAGAAACUGAUUCUCUUGGAAUUUUUGUUGGACCUUGAGACUUUACCACAGAUGCUAUGCACUGCCAUAAGCAUGGAUGUCUACUUCCCCUUCCCUUCUUGCUUUCGGGGUUGGGUGGGGGUGAUCAAGUGGCUUCUUGAUUCAUUAUUGCAACAUAGUGGCACAAAAUGUGUGUUUUGCAAUGAUGGCAAGAUGAAAAAAGAAACAGGCUUGGUGGAUUGCAGGGUGUGCAAGGGUGCAGGAUUGAUACUCUGCAAGAAGUGUGCAGGUCUCAAAACAUCAGUUGAUAGUGCAUACUUCAUAGAUUAUAGAAAGAUGUCUAACACAACUACCAGUGCCGCUUCUGCUGAGCAACCAUAUGAGUUUGAUGAAUGCCGGGGAGUCCUUCGCGUGUACAGCGAUGGCUCAAUCUGGCGUUCUUCUGAACCAAGCUUCAAAGUUCCUGUCCAUGAUGAUGGUUCUGUUGUGUGGAAAGAUGCUCUCUUUGAUCCCACGCAUGAUCUUCACCUGCGGCUCUACAAACCGGCUUCCCCUGCUUCAACCAAGCUCCCAAUAUUCUACUACAUCCAUGGCGGUGGCUUUUGCAUUGGCUCCCGUACUUGGCCUAACUGUCAAAACUACUGCUUCAAGCUUGCCUUGGACCUUCAAGCUGUGAUCAUCGCACCUGACUAUCGCCUGGCUCCAGAGAACCGGCUCCCAGCUGCUAUUGAGGAUGGUUACAUGGCCAUGAAAUGGCUCCAAUCUCAAGCUGUGUCUGAAGAGCCGGACACCUGGUUGACUGAUGUUGCUGAUUUCAGCAAGGUUUUCAUUUCUGGUGACUCAGCUGGUGGGAACAUCGCUCAUAAUUUGGCAGUUAGUUUAGGAGCUGGUUCAGCAGAGUUGGCUCCGGUUCUUGUCAAGGGUUAUGUCCUCUUGGCACCCUUUUUUGGUGGGACAGUUUUAAGCAAAUCAGAGGCUGAGGGGCCAAAAGAAGCAUUCCUGAAUUGGGAGCUUAUCGACAGGCUUUGGAGACUAUCCAUUCCCGUAGGAGAUACAACCGAUCAUCCACUGGUGAACCCAUUUGGACCAGAGAGCCGAAAUCUUGAACCAUUGGAUCUUGAUCCAAUCCUGGUAGUGAUGGGUGGUAGUGAUCUGCUCAAAGAUCGAGUCAAGGACUAUGCAGAAAGACUCAAAAAUUGGGGAAAAGAUAUCCAGUAUGUUGAAUUUGAAGAACAACAGCAUGGGUUCUUUUCCAUGAAUCCUAACUCAGAAGCAUCAAUUAAAAUGAUGCUAAUCAUCAAAAGUUUCGUUAUUGAAAAAUCUACCUAG